UGGGUGAGCAGGCGCGUCUCGGCGACGUCGGUCAACGUCAUUCUAUUUCACGGUCCCGUGGUGUUUUCCCGAUCAGCUGGUUGCAACGUCGGCGACGGGAUAGGUGUUGCUGCGUCGGGAGGCGGCAGGCACAUGUCGCGGUCAUGAAUCAACCGGGAAUGAAGAAAGACGGCUGGGUCAGAAUAUUUGAAGUGCCAUGUUUUGAGAAGCAUGAAAAGGGAUAUACCAUCUACAAAAUCACAUCCAAAGUUUUUCCAUGCUUAUCUCCUGAAGCAAGUACUCAAGUCACUGUAUGGAAAAGGUACAAUGAGUUCAGGAAGUUACACAAGGAAAUGGAGUCUCUGCAUUCUGCACUCUAUUUGAAGGGAACAUUUCCAAGUUUGCCCAAGACAAGCUAUUUUAACAGAUUCGAGGCACCGGUGGUGGAAGAGCGGCAGGCGUCCAUCCGUGCCAUGCUUGAGUUUGUGGCCCAACACCCGCCGCUGUUUGCCAGUGCCAGCUUUGCCAAGUUCUUUGAGGACGGAGACUGCCGAGCGGUGAACGAGGCGGACCGACUGCCAGCGGCGCUCAUCCCGCGGCCGCUCAGCCCGGCCGCCUCGCUCGGCUCGUCCCAGACGGGCAGUGACGUCAUCACGCCGCCGUCCGGCGCGCUGCCGUACCCGGGGGAGCCGCCACCGUACCCGGCGCCUCCGGCAGUGACGGACAGCCUGGCGUCGCUGGACCCGCUGGCUCCCGACGGCGCCGUCGACGGCACCAGCAACCUGCAGCUACUCAGCGGGCCGCCGCAGCCGGACCUGCUGCGCGACCUGGACCGGGCGCAGCAGGCCGAGGCGCAGUGCCUCUGGCAGCUGGCCUUCAAUCAGUACCAAGAGGGCAUCGGCACACUCAUCAACGGCGUCCAGGGCGACCCCAGCCAGGAGCGGCGGGCGGCGGUGCGGCGCAAGACGGCCAUGUACAUCAGCCGGGCCGAGCAACUCUGUCAGCUGCUGGACGGCCAGGAGACGGCCGAUACCCCGCAGGUGGCCGCCGGCUCGCCGCCUACAAGAUCGUCGGACUGACUGGCGGACGGCUCAAGGUCGCCGACGCCGACACCGGCCGGCCCUUCGUC